AGGAAGCGGCGGGGGACCGCAGCGGCGCUGGUGAGUGCUCCCGGGCGCCGUCUCGUCGCGUCCCUUCGUGACUCGCCUCCGGGCUGGGCCCGCGGGUUCCCCCCGCCCCAAGGAGCGUAUCUGCCCGGCCCCGAGGUACGUUGGCGCCGUCCUUCUCCGGCCGCCUCUGCCCGACUGCGCGCCCGGAGCCCUCGGGUUCGAGUCCGUGUCUUCACUUUGUGUCGGGGCUCCGGCCCUGGUCCGGGGGACCCCGGAAUCCUGUCAAUGGCCGGGCGCUUCCUGCUUUCUAUUCCCCACGGCGGCUUCGUGGCCAGUAGCGCGGGACCACCUCCUCCUCCGCCUGGGGACUCCGCUUGAGGAAACUGAGGCACACAGGGGUGGGGCAGCCGAAUGGGGAAGGAAAAGGAGUGUCAUUCUGCGGUGGAUUGUGGUUGGUGACGAAACUGGACUUGUCUGGGGCUGGGGACUAAGAAAUCGGGUACAAAGUAAGAAAGUUGAAGUCAAAGACCAUGGGAGAUACAGCAAAACCUUACUUUGUGAAGCGCAGUAAAGACCGUGGAAUUAUUGAUGAUGAUGAUUUCAGAAGGGGUCAUCCCCAACAAGAUUAUUUAAUAAUGGAUGAUUAUGGUAAAGGCCAUAGCAGUAAAAUGGAAAAGGGCCUUCCAAAAAAAAAGACAUCACCCGGGAACUAUGGGAGCACCCCCAGGAAAGGACUAUAUGCGGUUUCCAGCAAUCCAUAUGCAUUUAAAAACCCAAUUUACAGUCAGCCUGCUUGGAUGAAUGAUAACCACAAAGAUCAAAAUAAGAAAUGGCUAUCUGAUGAACUCGCUGGUAAUGCAGACAGCUGGAGAGAGUUCAAGCCUGGACCUAGGAUUCCUGUCAUGAGCCGGUCAAGGAAAGAUUCCUUUCAGGAGAGUGAUGAUGCCUACAGGUGGCAAGACGGGAGAGGCUGCAGAGCGGUGAGAAGGCUGUUUCAGAAAGACCUCAGCAGCCUAGAAGCCAUGUCAGAAAUGGAAGCAGGAAGUCCUGAAAACAAGAAACAGCGCUCCAGACCUCGUAAGCCACGGAGGACUAGAACAGAGGACGGUGAGCAGGACGAAGAUUUGGAUGGUCCUGUGAUCGACGAGUCCGUCCUUUCAACCAAGGAGCUCCUGGGCCUCCAGCAGGCUGAGGAACGGCUCAAGAGAGACUGCAUCCACAGGCUGAACAGGCGACCACGAAACUGCCCGACAGCAAAGUAUACCUGCAAACUGUGCGAUGCUUUGAUCGACUCCAUCCCUUUUGCUCAUAAGCACAUCAAGGAGAAGAGGCACAAGAAGAACCUUAAGGAAAAGCAGGAGGAAGAAUUGCUCACCACACUGCCCCCGCCAGUGCCCUCCCAGAUACAUGCAGUUGGCAGCGCCAUUGACAGAGUGGUGCAGGAGUUUGGUUUACACAGUGAAAACUUGGAUCAGAGGCUAGAAAUUAAGCGUGCCAUGGAAAGUGUGUUCCAGCACAAACUUCCAGACUGUUCUCUUAGGCUUUAUGGAUCCUCCUGUAGCAGACUGGGCUUCAGAGACUCUGACGUGAACAUUGAUGUUCAGUUUCCAGCUGUCAUGUCUCAGCCAGAUGUCCUCUUACUUGUUCAAGAAUGUUUAAAGAACAGUGACUCCUUUGUUGAUGUUGGUGCUGACUUCCACGCCCGGGUCCCUGUGGUGGUGUGCAGAGAUAAGCAAAGCGGCCUUCUUUGUAAAGUAAGUGCGGGAAACGAAAACGCCUGGCUGACCACAAAGCACCUCACUGCUCUUGGAAAGCUAGAACCAAGGCUGGUUCCUCUGGUGACUGCAUUUAGAUACUGGGCAAAGCUGUGUAGCAUCGAUCGCCCUGAGGAAGGAGGUCUUCCACCAUAUGUGUUUGCUCUCAUGGCUGUUUUCUUCCUUCAGCAAAGAAAAGAACCUCUCCUGCCAGUUUAUCUAGGAUCAUGGAUUGAAGAAUUCUCAUUAAAUAAAUUAGGGAAUUUCAGCCUUAAAGACAUUGAGAAAGACUCUGUGGUCUGGGAGUACACUGACAGCGGCACAGGGGACACCAGCUCAGCGAAAGAGGAGGCACCCAAAGAGACUGCAGCAAAGAAGGGACAGGUGCCAUUGACAUUUAAUAUAAAACAUCAGCCUUCAGUGCCAGUCGGGCAGCUCUGGGUGGAACUGCUGCGGUUCUAUGCUUUAGAGUUUAAUCUGGCUGAUUUAGUGAUCAGUAUUCGUGUCAAAGAGUUGAUAUCACGGGAAUCCAAGGACUGGCCCAAAAAGCGCAUCGCGAUUGAAGACCCCUAUUCUGUUAAAAGAAAUGUGGCAAGGACCCUGAAUAACCAACCUGUGUUUGAGUAUAUACUUCAUUGUUUGAGGACAACGUAUAAAUAUUUCGCUCUUCCACAUAAAGUUACAAAACCCAACCUCACAAAGCUUUCUAGCCCAAUCACCUGUGUUUCGGACCCUUACAAAGAAGCAAAAAAUGGUGGCGCAGAGCUCCAAGCAACAAAUACCGAUAAACUUGGAAAUGCGGCAAAUGCGGCUGUGGCUCGAGAUCCUGGUGUUUACCCCUCAGGUGCCUGCAGGGCAGAGCCGCUUACUCCUAACAACACGGCUGAGGGGUUGGGAAGCCCAGCAACGGAGAAGAGCGGAGGUGUGCACAUGCCAGUCCACCAGGAAAGCUCGGGCUGUGUCCAGGCAGAGGUCAGUUGUGAGGGUUUUGAGGAUGUCACAGCAGAGCGUCAAGAAGCAGAAAGUGACAACAAGAACGCCAGAAGGAAGACCAAGCAUCCUUAUAGCACUGAUGAUCAAGGUUUAAGCAGCAGCAAGCACCCAGAACUCCAGAACUGUGGCGGCCUGUGCGGUCUCCAGGCAGACAACACUCUGGAGUUAGUAGGGCUCCGGAACCCUGGAGCUGAGGAGUGUGCCAGCUGUGCCUCUUUUGAUGACAAGGCUGAUAUCAAUGAAGAAAGCACAGAAGGCACCGAUGAACUAGAGGAAGCUCUGAAUUGCUUUUCCCCGUUGGUCCAGGGCCACACAUCAGCAGCCGUGCACUUUGAUGAGGAAGAAGAUGAGGAGGAGGAGGAGGAGGAGGAAGAGGAAGAGCCCAGGCUCAGCAUUAACCUUACAGAAGAGGAGGAAGGGGUUGCUAAUGAACAUCAGGGGGACAGCAGAUGUACUGGGUCAGGUGAGGAGGACGCUCUCUCUGAAGAUGACUUGGCUGAGCCUGCUAAGGAUGAAGAUCCAGAAGAGUGUGGCGGACACCUGAGUGGGGCUCUGCUCAUAGACCUCAAUAGAAUAACUCUUAAAGAAGAAAGCUUCUGUGAGGAAAACUCACCAGGGGACCAGGCUGAGUUCUUCUAUGAAUUCAGAAAGCUGACCUUCACCAAAGGAAAGUCUCCCACAGUAGUGUGCAGCUUGUGUAAGCGAGAAGGUCACCUAAAGAAGGACUGUCCUGAGGACUUCAAGAGAAUCCAGCUGGAACCUUUGCCACCCCUGACACCCAAGUUCUCAAAUAUCUUAGAUCAAGUCUGCAUCCAGUGUUACAAGGAUUUUUCUCCAACUAUUGUCGAAGAUCAGGCUCGUGAACAUAUCCGGCAAAAUCUAGAAAGUUUCAUAAAACAGGACUUUCCAGGAACUAAAUUGAGCUUGUUUGGCUCCUCCAAAAAUGGAUUUGGGUUCAAACAGAGUGACCUUGACGUCUGUAUGACGAUUAACGGACAUGAGACUGCUGAGGGGCUGGACUGUGUAAGAACUAUUGAGGAGCUGGCACGAGUCCUCAGAAAGCACUCAGGGCUGAGGAACAUCCUGCCUAUCACAACAGCCAAGGUGCCCAUCGUGAAGUUCUUCCAUCUAAGAAGUGGUCUGGAGGUGGACAUCAGCUUGUAUAACACACUGGCCCUUCAUAACACAAGGCUCCUGUCUGCAUACUCAGCCAUUGACCCCAGAGUGAAAUAUCUGUGCUAUACCAUGAAAGUGUUCACAAAGAUGUGUGACAUUGGUGACGCAUCCAGGGGUAGCCUGUCAUCCUACGCUUACACGCUUAUGGUGCUAUACUUCCUGCAGCAGAGGUCCCCACCUGUCAUCCCCGUGCUUCAAGAGAUAUACAAAGGUGAAAAGAAACCAGAAAUACUUGUUGAUGGCUGGAAUAUUUACUUUUUCGAUCAAAUAAAUGAACUGCCCACUUGUUGGCCAGAGUAUGGAAAAAAUACAGAAUCUGUCGGGCAGCUGUGGUUGGGACUUCUACGCUUCUACACUGAGGAGUUUGACUUUAAGGAACAUGUAAUCAGCAUCAGAAGGAAAAGUCUGCUUACAACGUUCAAGAAACAGUGGACCUCAAAAUACAUUGUUAUUGAAGACCCCUUUGAUCUGAAUCAUAAUCUUGGUGCUGGAUUAUCAAGGAAAAUGACAAAUUUUAUAAUGAAAGCUUUUAUCAAUGGUAGAAGAGUAUUUGGAAUUCCAGUCAAAGGAUUUCCAAAGGACAACCCCUCCAAACUGGCAUACUUUUUUGAUCCAGAUGUUCUAACUGAGGGAGAACUGGCCCCAAAUGACAGGUGCUGCCGAAUCUGUGGGAAAAUCGGACACUUCAUGAAGGACUGUCCCAUGAGGAGAAAAAUGAGGCGACGGCGAGACCAAGAAGACACCCCAAACCAAAGGUACUCAGAGAGCAAAGAAAAAAGAAGCAAAGAGGACAAAGAGAUUCAGAACAAGUACACAGAAAAGGAAGUGCCAGCAAAAGAAGAUAAGCCCACACUGUGUGCAGCUGCCAAGGCCAAGCCAGUGAGGGCAGCUGUUGACCCGGGCCGGGAGAGGCUUCUCAGGACACCAGCAGAAAAGUGGAAGAGACAGGACGACAGAGACUCGAGAGAAAAGCGUUGUUUCAUCUGUGGAAGAGAAGGACACAUUAAAAAGGAAUGCCCACAGUUCAAAGGCUCUCCAGGUAGCCUUUCCAGUAAAUAUAUGACUCAGGGGAGAGCCUCAGUGAAGAGGACCCAGCAAGAAUCAUGAGGGAAGGAACUGCAGCACUGGAAAUGCCACUCAGGUGUCCCUGUCCACUUGGGAAAUUAGGUUCAUGUCACAGGACACAGUGACACAGAUCAGGCUUCAACGUAACAGUUGAGGGGUAUCAUAAUUUUUUAAAUUUUAAUGAAAUUGUCAAUGAGGAAAAGAAAAAUUUUUAAUAUAGUCUAACUAUACCACCAAUCCCUAGAGAUUUGAAGAUUUUAAUAGAAAGUCAACUUAAAACUAUAACUGAGGGCCAGUAUUCAAUGACUACAGCGUCAUGGUUUUUAGUUCUUUCAAAGCACUCUAAUAUAGUGUGCUGCUCAGCAGAGGACUUAGCCCUCUUCCCUACACACCCCCUUUUGGUUUCAGAGAGGGGAUUCUCUUUGUUGUUACUGGAUCGUGGUAUGGACACACAUCAAGUACAUGUGGACUGUGCUGCUGUACCUAGGAUCUGCAAGCAUUCUUCAUGGCUCCCUGUAGAAAUGAUAGCAUGGAAUGCAGGCGGCCGCCAGCGUGGGCCUCGGUGGACGGCAGCACCACUGACAGACACAUCUCUGAGGGCUUCUCUAAGUAAUUGGCAGAACUGUUGUGCUCAUAAAAAUGAAGUCAUAAAAAUAAGUAGUCCUUUUUGCUGGUUUAAAAAAGAAAAAGGGGGAAAGGACAGAAUAAAAGUGCUUUUUACUUUUUGUGAUACUCAGAAAUUAGGGUGGAGAGCUUUUACAAACCUCUGAAGAUCAAAGAGGCUGCUGUCUCUGCCAAUCACAAGUUUGAUUGGCAACCUUCUGGUCUGACUGGAGCCCUCUCUAAACUGUUAAUGAACUUCACAAGCCUUUCUGAAAUAGUACAGAGUCAGAACUAUGCCAGUUUAUUUAUCAUUUUGAAAUAAAAUCGAACUUUCAACAUUUAA